AUGACGCCAGCAACCUAACGCUGUCGUUCUCUCUCUCUCUCUCUCUCUCUCUCACAAACACACACACAUACUCUGUCUCUCUCUUUUUCUCACACACACACACACUCACGCCUCCCAGUCACACACGGCAGUGCACAAGCCAGCGAACAGGACGGCGCUGGACGUAUCAUUCAGAUAGGGAAUAGAUCGGAAGAAAAGGAUUAACUAUCUCCAUCCCUCUCCCUUCUAUACGGACCUUAUCCUCUCUUCCCUCCUCUUGUGUCUCUAAGCCUCUCUUCACCUCGUUUUUUUUUUUUUUCUACAAUCCCUCAUUUUUCUCUACACAAUCCCUCCUUUUUUCACAAUUCAUUGGUGGGCUGAAGGGGGAAGCUGGGGGGGAUUGUCUAUAUACAGAAAGAAGGAUUAUUCUUUCAUUUGACCAGGAUCUUGAAUGUAUGGAUUUCUUCAACUGAAGAGGGUUUUUUUUAUUCUAUUUUGUAUCCUGUGAGUAAUUUUUGAUAUACAUAUAUAUUUUAUUUUUUUUACAUUUUGGAGAUAUUUUUUGGGGGUACGGCUGAUGGCAGAGAGCUGUAAGGCUGAUAUUUAGUCUAAAGGAGAUCUGGUGAAGAUUUUCCCAGUCGCCGCCCUAGUGGAGGCAGCAGGCAUGGCGGCUUGACGCCCCUCCGACAGAGGAAGGCCGUAGAGCUCUGUGUCAUGCCACCCCACACCCACCCCCCUGGGGGCAUCGGCCUGCCCCAGCCCAGCUCAACCAGCCACCACCUGGCAAGACCUGUCUUCCUCUGCGUCCUCUGCCUACUGGCAGCACUGCUGCCGCCAGCCUCCUGCUGCCCUUCUCCCUGUCUCUGCUACACAGAUGGACUGGUGGACUGUGGGGGCCGGGGUCUCUCGUCUCUGCCGCCCCUUCACCUCCUGCCUCCGGGGAGUCGCUCCCUCCUGCUAGCCAACAACAAGCUUGCCUUGCUGGGAGCCUCUGCCUUUGCUAACCUCUCCUCCCUGGAGGAGCUGGAUCUCUCCAAUAACUACCUGGACAAUUUACCAGCUGGAUUAUUCAGAGACAUGUCCAACCUGACGAGACUGACUCUGCACAACAACUCACUAACAGUCAUGGACAGAGAACUCUUCCAGGGUCUGGGAGGUCUUCAGAGUCUGGAUCUGUCCCUGAACGGUCUGUCCUCUGUUCCUCUUGGGGUACUGGACGAGCUGCAGAGCCUCAGGUGGCUGUCUCUAGCGGGUAACAGGCUUCAUGGUUUGGAGAGGGCAGCAUUUGAGCCGCUUGCCAACCUGCAACACCUGGAACUGGGACACAACCCCUGGGAAUGUGACUGCAACCUCCGUGAUUUCAAACACUGGAUGGAGUGGCUGCUGUACAGAGGGGGGAAGGUGGACGCGGUGGAGUGCACACUACCGAAGGAUCUACGUGGGCGAGACAUCCGUGGCGUUCCAGUAGAAAUGUUCAACUACUGCCUCCAACUUGAAGACGAGAACGGAGGAGGAGGAGGCGAGGGUUCCCGUUCUGGACAAGGGGGCGUUCCUCCCUGCAGCAGAAACGCUCUUAGCCCCAGUGGGGCAACACCAAUUUCUGACAACAGCAACACUGCUGAUGAUUCCUCUUCAAACACGGGAGCUGGAGGAGGAGGCGGAGAUGCCCCGUCAGAUUGUGUUCGUGCCCGUUACCGGCCUGUGAGCGUGCGCCGCGCCAUCGGCACAGUGGUGAUUGCCGGCGUGGUGUGCGGCAUCGUUUGCAUCAUGAUGGUUGCAGCUGCAGCUUACGGCUGCAUCUACGCCUCACUGAUGGCCAAGUACCAGAGAGAGCUGAAGAAGAGGCAACCACUGAUGGGAGAUGGAGAAGCAGACGGGGAGGACAGGGAGGAAAAACAGAUCUCGUCCGUGGCCUAGGGGAGUGACGGGACGGGGGAGGGUUGGCUUUUGAAAGGGUGAAGGUUGGAAGGGGCGAAAAUUAAAAGGGCUUGAGGAGGAGAGAGAUGGAAGCGCUUGUUUUAUGCACACAGACAGUUAUGGUAUCUCUCCCUCUGACUCUCAAACUGACACCUUUCUCCCACUUUCUGUCUUCCUUUCUUGGUCCUCUUUCUAUUUUUAACCUUCUCCCUCUGUGCCCUACUCUCUGACACACACAUACCUUAUCCUUUUCCUGAUUUUUCUCCUCCAUUUGGAGGCAUUCUCACCGCAGUAUUUGUUACUAAUCAUCCCUCCAACUCGCCUACCAACCACCUACUGCUGCUCUUGGCUGCCGCUGAAUUCACCAUUAUAUUGGCUGAGAAAAAGAAUUAUCUGGUACUGUCUCUAGCAUAAAACAUAUAAUUUAAGCUGUUGCAAGACACUCGUGGUGUACAACAGGUCAGUAUUUAUUAGCCUAGAUGGAAUUUUCAGGGAUAUACAGCAUGUAUGGGGUCAACAGGACCAAGAUUCAGAUUGAUGAGCAGAAUUUGUUGCAUUAGGUAGCACCCAGCUCUCAUUUUGUUCACAUUUUUAUGUCCUAUCCAAAGCCAGUUCCUCCAAAAAUCAAGACCCCUGCCCAGAUUCCUUCACCCUUGCCUGGCCUAAUGCUCCUCUGACGCUCCCUUGGACCUCAAAAAAGAAACAAUCAGUGUUGGAAACCUUGGGGGCAAUGAGGAAACGUGGAUGAACACUAAGCGAUGUCAUUUAUAUAACCAAGGCCUCUCGAGUGCUUUGUUGCAGAGAGAAUACCGGGGGUACAUACGGAUAAUAUGUUAAUAGGAGAUCAAACACAGAGCCUCCUGAGUCUGUCGUCUCUUGAGACUUGUUAGGGAUGUUAAAUAUGGAACAGGAUACCAUUUGAAUUGACAAAAUGAUCAUUCAUUGACGAAUAGACCUUUUAAAAUAGGUUGCUGGUGUAGAACGGUUACAUCUGGACCAGAUAUUUUUUUCCUCCUUGAUCUUCUAUGGACCAAUAACAUCCUCCAGGCGUCACAGCCUGGAGCCGUAUAUGAGAUUCUACAAUGAAUCUUAACAAUCAGCUCAACACAGAACUAACCAUUUUAACUGGAAUUAGCUGUGUUUGUCACUUUUCCUCAGAAUGAAGGGAGGCUCUUGUUUCCUUGAUCCUUGAUCUAUUUCUGGACAGACCAAAGCCCUCUUAUUGGGGUGAAAAAGUGGUCAAACAGAUUUUCUGGUAUUUCUUUGACUAAGCUUCCAGGCUGGUUCAGAAAUGUAUUCACAAUGGUUUUAAUGAAGUUGUGGAGAUUUUAUGGACCACAGACUUUGCUUUAAAGCAAAUAUUCUUUGUUCAGAGCAAAUUUUCAGACUGGUUUCAACCCUCAGAGGUGAAUGUUUGCUACUUUGGCAUGGAAGCACUAUCUCAGAGAACCCUGUCUCCUGGAAAGGACUACAGAACUUCAUCUAAGGACUACAAACUUCAGACUUCCUGCACUUUAUUUCCUUAAUCAGAUCCCCUCUGGCCUCCCUCUUCCUCCUCCCUUCCCUGUCUUUCUUUCUAAAAUGGACGUUUUUGCCCAGAGGGAUUAUAAUGAACAAGGGAUUAAACAAAAGGACGCUGCUAUUUCCCCUCCUCCUCCUUCUACUUAUCAUCCCUUUAUCUCGCCAUCCAUCUUUCCAUCCAGUGCUAUUUAUGGAAAGUUUUUCACGCUUCCUCCAAGACUUCCACCUAGUUUCUCUCCUCUCAUCCACCCCUCCUCUCAUACUGUUGUCCUUGUGUUUUUCCUGAAAGGUAAGCAAUAUGCAAUGAAGGUCGCGUCACCUUUACGUGAAGAUUUUGUUGCAGCCAAAGAGUUCCUCUGUUGUAAACUUAGUAACCAUUACUCAAUCAAAAUGAGCACUCUUAAUGCAUUCACAAAAAAGGUUUGUUUGUUCGUUUGCUACACAUAGUUUCUUUAUUUAUGCCCUGAAAUAUCUGUUUAACCUUCAACAUUUUACGGUUGUGUCUUUGGUGAUAAACAAUCCAAAAAAUCUGACUUUCAUUGCAUAUUGCUCCCCUACAGUAGGAGGACUAUUGUUCCCUCUCAAUUUUAAAUUGGCUGGAAAUAAACUUAUAUCAAACGUGUGUUAUCUUAUACCCGGAUAUGAUGCAGAUAAAUAUUAUCAUACUAGUCUCUAAUAUGGUGUGUUGGCCCAACAAUCCCCAGAAUGUUUUUUGAUGUAGCUGUUUAUCGUUUUCUGUAUCAGUUCAUGAUGUAUGUCCUUUGUUGUGUUAAUGACUUCUAUGUUUUGUUUUGUUUUAGGUUUUAAUAUCUCUGUAAUGUUUGUUUAUUUGUUGUGUUCAUUUAUUUGUGUUCAGUAGUUUGUAAAGUUUCUGCAUGAGGCAUAGAGAGAGUUUGGCCAUUGACAGUAAAAAGGGCCCCAUACUGCUGCCACGUCUCUGAAAUACAUCAUUAGAACAUUAUUUAACAUAGAGUUACAUUUUUGUUUUGAUAUGAUUGUUUUAGAGAUGCACUGAUGGACUUUCCGGGGACCGCAAUAGGCCAGUUUUCAGCAUGAUUGGUCGGUCAAUAUCCGAUGUAUCCAAUUCUGUGCUGGCCUGAUUUAUAUACUUUUCGCCGGGGCCCCAAUGGGACCGCCAGCCCGUACUGAAAGGAAGGAGCUAAAUAUUUGAUGUUAUUUACUUUUUUCGUUUUCAGCAGCGCAUUAAAGACAGACUCCUUCCGUUUUUACUUUUCACAAUAAGAGUCCCAGAUAUACCAGUAUACAUGCGUGAUUGCUUAUAAGGUUAAAUUCACUUAGACAUUUCAUCAACAGGCCAUUAAAAUAAUGUGUUUUUUUUAUAUUAAUUAUUCAAUAGGCAAUGUUUUAAUACGAACAUACAAUUGAAUUUUCCUUUAGAAAGAGCUAUGUUUGUGUAUGCUAUUAGUUAUAGAAAAAUCCAAUCGGUGCAUCUCUGGAUAUUGUUCAUGGAGUUUUAUAGGACCAACUUUAUCUUGGACAAAUAAUUUUUCAUUAGAAUUUAUGGCGAAACAUGCAGCCUGUAUUGUAGCAGUCAUUGACAACAUGUUGUGUUUGAACCAUCUAUCGAUAUUACUUAUGUAAUAAAAAAGCCAAGGUUAAUGCCUUGCAUGAGAUGAGACAUGAGAGAAACCAGUAUUGAAGACAUACUAUUAUCUUCCACCGAGAAUUCCAUAUUUGCAUAUAAAUAUUAUUUGCUGGAGCUUGAGCUGGUGGGACGUCAACAUGCACAAAAAAGAUGGAUUUUAUGAUUCUUCAGUCCAGUCCUCAUCAAGUUUGCAUUGCAAAUUAAGUCUGGAAGCACUUUAGCAACAUUGUUCAAAAGGAAAACCGUCGAAAAUAAUUUAGAAAUAGAUCUAAAUCAAUAAUUGGCACUUCCAGGGCAUGUGUGACAGCAUAAUAAAGUGAUGUAUACAUGACAGGUAUAAACAUAGCCAUGAAUUCUAAAGGGACUCUGGGGCAGUAACUGAAAGAAAGGCAAUGACUAUACUCUGUCUAUGAAUGUAGAAACAUCGUCCUCUCACCUCCUGGUCUGCAGGUCUCGUGUUGUUGGUAGCUAAGUAUCUUAGCUAGCUGAAAACCUGUUCCUAUAGCCUGUGUGUGUGUAAAGAAUAAUAAAUUCUAGUUUGUUACGUAAAAACUGCAGCAGCCAUGAUGACUGAGGGCCUAAAAGACUAUAUUGCCUGGAAAUCUAUGGUGUGUUGUGCUAUUAUGAUGAUUGUGAUUAUGACGGUGAUGAUAUGAUGAUGGUGACGAAGCAUUUCCUGCUCAAUAUGCAUUGAUUUAAAUAAAA